GCGGCAACAUGCAAUCGAUCAUGAUGCAAAGCCGUUGACGGCAAGUAGCGUCUGCAAGGUAGUUAACAUAUGCCCUAGGUCAGAGCCGCACGCGGGGAGCUAGCAGAGAACCGUGGGUUUCUACGAAGGAGCAGGUACGUACGGUGCGCGGUGCCGAUGGACGCGGCGGCGAGGGCGCGAACGCCGCGAGGAGCGCACAAGGUGGCGAUCGGCGGCGGGGAGCUUGGACGCGGCGAGAAGGCGUGCCGGUGGCCGGGAUGGCGCGCGACGGCGCGAGCGGAGGUGGUCGUGCUCGGGUUCUUGGCCACCUUGGCGUUGCUCGUGGUGAUGUUCGGCGGCGGCGCCGGGAGCCAGCCCGCGUUCGCGUCGCCAAGGACCGAGUUCGUGCAAAAGCCAGUUUCCACAGCAUCACAUGUCCGUGCAGAUGAUGCAGGAUCGGACGACGAUCCCGCGCCGCCGACUCGGCACGACCAAGACCGCCUCUUCGGCGGGCUCCUCUCGCCGGCCUUCGACGAGCAGUCGUGCCGUUCCCGGUACGCGUCGUCUCUCUACCGCCGUCCGUCACUGUUCCGCCCAUCCACCCACCUCGUGGAGCGCCUCAGGCGGUACGAGGCCCGGCACAGGCGGUGUGGCCCCGGCGCGCCGCUCUUCAAGGACGCCGUCGAACACCUGCGCUCUGGCCGCAACGCGGUGCAAUCGGAGUGCCAGUACGUCGUCUGGACGCCGUUCAACGGACUCGGCAACCGCAUGCUCUCGCUCGCGUCCACCUUCCUCUACACGCUCCUCACCAACCGCGUCCUGCUCGUGCACGCACCGCAGGAGUUCGACGGCCUCUUCUGCGAGCCCUUCCCCGGCAGCUCCUGGACACUGCCCGCCGACUUCCCGAUCACCGACUUCGCCGGCAUUUUCACCAUGUGGUCAUCGACGAGCUACAAGAACAUGCGGCAGGCCGGGGCCAUAAGCAGCGACAACCGCAACGUCAGCUCCGAGAGGUUGCCCUCGUACGUGUUCCUGGACCUCAUCCAGUCGUUCACCGACGACGCCUUCUGCGAGGCCGACCAGCGCGUUCUCGCCAAGUUCAACUGGAUGGUGGUCAAGUCCGAUGUGUACUUCGCCACCAUGCUCUUCCUCAUCCCGGCCUACGAGAGCGAGCUCGCGAGGCUGUUCCCGGAGAAGGAGGCCGUGUUUCACCACCUCGCCCGGUACCUCUUCCACCCGUCCAACGACGUGUGGGGCAUCGUGCGCAGGUUCUACGAGGCCUACCUCGCCAGGGCCGACGAGCGCGUCGGCCUCCAGGUGCGAGUCUUCCCUGAGAUGCCUAUACCGUUCGAGAACAUGUACGGACAGAUUGUCCGGUGCUCGGAGCAGGAGGGCUUGCUACCGAAGGUGGUGCAGAAGAACGACGCGGCGAAUAACCACUCGUCCGCCGUGGCCUCGGAGAGUAGGAAGAAGCUCACUUCGGUACUUGUGACGUCGCUGUUCUCGGACUACUACGAACGCAUCCGUGGCGUGUACUACACGAACCCGACGGCGAGCGGGGAUUACGUGGAGGUGCACCAGCCGAGCCACGACAGGGAGCAGCACACGGAGGCGCGUGGCCACAACCAGAGGGCUUUGGCCGAGAUAUAUUUGCUGAGCUUCUGCGACCGCAUCGUGACGACUGCGGUGUCGACGUUUGGGUACGUCGCCCACGGGCUGGCCGGCGUGCGUCCGUGGGUGCUGCUGCGGCCACCGUCGCCGGAGGCCCCUGCUGAUCCGGCGUGCGUCCGAUCGGAGACAGUCGAACCCUGUCUUCAGGCGCCGCCGAGACGGAAGUGCGGUGCAGACGAAGGGACUGACAUGGGGGCUAUGGUGCCUUAUGUCCGGCAUUGUGAGGACGUACGCGAAGGUCUCAAGCUGUUCGGUUAGCAUGUGAAUUACUUCUUGUAAAUGUGUAACUGAUUGAAUUUGUGAGAAUAUACAAACAUCAAUAAGUUAUCAUGACUAGCA